GGGAUUGCAGGGGCGAUUGCUGAGGCCUACGGAGUGGUUUCGAUCGCGAAAUGUCCUACCGAUGGCGCAUGACGUCAGCAAACCCCCCUAACAAUGUCUGGUAUACAGUAACCGUGGACCUUCCUCUGUUCCUCUGCAUAUGGGCGCAAUCUUCAGACAUCAACACAACCGAACAUAACCUCUGGCGUCAUUUUGGUAUCACAUAAAAUAACUUGAUUUGUCGACAAUAAAUUAGUCAGCUUUGUUUCGACGUCCACUCGUGAUUAGCAAUUAUUAACAACAUGAAGGUGACAGUGAAAAACUGGACAGGUGUUGCCACUUGGAGGUGGAUAGCCAACGACGACAAUUGUGGAAUUUGUCGAAUGCCUUUUGACGCGAGUUGUCCAGACUGCAAAACUCCCGGUGAUGAUUGCCCUUUAGUCUGGGGACAGUGUUCCCAUUGCUUCCACAUUCACUGUAUCAUGAAGUGGCUGCAUUCUCAGCAAACCAGUAGCUUGUGUCCAAUGUGUCGUCAGGAGUGGAAAUUUAAGGAAUAAAUGAAGACAGGAACGGAAAAGACCUAACACACUGAAACCUCAAAUUUUCAGACAUUUACUAGAAAAAGAUUCAAUUUGACAAGUCAGUCCAAGUAACGUGGACGAGGAGAACGCCAUGGACCGAGGGCUGGGAUCCUUGGAUAUUGUCUGAACGAUAACCAACGAAGCAGGAAGCGAAGGGAACGGCAGGAUUUUUCAAUGGACCUCCGAGGCACCCGAACUACCGGCACCAUCACCUCCAAUUGUAAAUAAAAAGCGAAUAAACUAAGUAUUUUCUUGACGUUAUUGACAAAGUCAUGCACAUUUGCACAAGUUGUUUAUUUUAUUUUAUUAAAUCGAGUAAACUGUCUUCGACGAAUUCUCAGCUUCCAGCUUCCGAACUCGAUCAAAAGGACAUCCAAACAAAUUUUUAAGCCAUUCAAUCAAUUUAGAACAUUGUUAUAAUUCUCGUGGCACAAACAAUUCUUAAAAAAAAUUCAUUCAUGUUUUUAUGUCACUCGAGGGUCAAAAUUACCUCACGCGAAAUUGAUUAAAACAUCGAGCCUUUUCACUUUGUUCCCCCAAUAUUUUUCGAAUACAGCAGUUGAAAAUUCUUGAAACUAUGUCGAAUGAAUAUAUUGUAUCCUGAGUAAUAUCUUUAUUAUUAUUAUCUCAAAUUGAAAACCAACGUUACAAGUAGUAAUAUGAUAAUGAUGUAUAGAAUAUUACUCCAGCUUUUUGUUUUUCAAGGGAUAAAAGUGGAAAUAGUGAAAUAAAAAAUUAUUUAAAUGGUA